CGCGAGCAGCCAAUGUGCGGCGGCAGCGCUGGCCCCGCCCCGCCCCCCGGUCGUGAGAGGCUAGCACUCUACGAUGUAAACAAGGCCUCGCCGUGACCGCUGGCAGGGGGUCCCGAUCCCUGGUUGGUGGAGCCAAGAGGGCAGCCACUCUGACCCAGCUCUGGAGGAUGCCCUAAGCAUGGGCUCGCACAGCAGCAGCAGCGCAGGCACCGGGGGCCGAGACGCCCGGGAUGGCUGGACCCCGCGGGGCUCCGAGGAGGAGGAGGAGGACGAGGAUGUGGACCUGGCCCAGGUACUGGCAUAUCUCCUGCGCAGGGGUCAGGUGCGGCUGGUGCAGGGUGGGGGCCCCACCAACAUCCAGGUGGUCCAGAAUCUGUCAGACUCGGACGACGACAACGACUGCGCCUGGGAGGGGCGGCUCGGAGACCGCUACAACCCCCCUGUGGACUCCACCCCUGACACCCGCGAGCUGGAGAAAAAUGAGCUCAAGACACAGGUGGAGCUGGCUGUGGGCAAACUGGGGCCUGGGCAGGCUGAGCACAACCUGCCCCGCCUCCUCUCCCAGAGGGAGCGGGGCAUGUGCCACAGCGGCAGCUUCUCCUCAGGCGAGUGCUCCCGUGUGAUGUCACAUUUCCUGCCCAACCAUCUGACCUUCACAGACACCUACUCCCAGAAGGCCUUCUGUGGGGUCUACUCCAGCGAUGGACAGCUCUUCAUGUCCGCUUGUCAAGACCAAACGAUCCGCCUGUAUGACUGCCGCUACGGAGCCUUCCGGAAGUUCCGGAGCAUCAAGGCGCGGGACGUGGGCUGGAGCAUCUUGGAUGUGGCCUUCACCCCCGAUGGUGGCCACUUCCUCUACUCCAGCUGGUCUGACUACAUUCACAUCUGUAACAUCUAUGGGGAUGGAGACAACCACACAGCGCUGGACCUGAGGCCGGAUGAGAGACGAUUUGCUGUCUUCUCUCUCACGGUAUCCUCAGAUGGACGGGAGGUCCUCGGGGGAGCCAAUGACGGUUGUGUGUACGUCUUCGACCGUGAGCAGAACAGGCGGACUCUCAAGAUCGAGUCACAUGAAGAUGAUGUGAAUGCCGUGGCCUUUGCGGACGCCAGCUCCCACAUCCUCUUUUCGGGGGGUGACGAUGCCAUCUGUAAAGUGUGGGAUCGGCGCACUAUGCGAGAGGACGACCCUAAGCCUGUGGGCAUGUUGGCUGGGCACCAGGAUGGCAUCACCUUCAUCGACAGCAAGGGGGAUGCCCGGUACCUGAUCUCCAACUCCAAAGACCAGACCAUCAAGCUGUGGGACAUCCGGAGGUUCUCGGGGCGUGAGGCCAUGGAGGCAUCCCGCCAAGCCGUCACCCAGCAGAACUGGGACUACCGGUGGCAGCAAGUGCCCAAAAGAGCUUGGCGCAAGGGGAAGCUUCCGGGCGACAGCUCCCUGAUGACCUACAGGGGCCACGGGGUGCUGCACACCCUGAUUCGCUGCCGCUUCUCCCCACCCUACAGCACCGGCAGCCAAUACAUUUACAGCGGCUGCUCCACGGGCAAGGUGGUGGUUUACAGCCUCCUGACAGGGCGCAUCAUCAAGAAGCUGACCAAUCACAAGGCCUGCGUGCGGGACGUCAGCUGGCACCCCUAUGAGGAGAAGAUUGUGAGCAGCUCGUGGGACGGGAGCCUGCGUGUCUGGGAGCACCGCCAGGCUGAGUACUACGAGGAUGACCUCAGGGACCCGGGGAGCCCCCCCGUGGCCCCCAAGCCCUCCCGGGCCACGCCCCGCUCCUCCAGCCAAUAGUGCACCUCAAUCGUGGCCCCCCCCCCACAGGAGAGAUUGGCGAUGCAAUCCAGCCCCCCCCCUCCUCACUAGGGACAGGGACCCUUGGGUGGGGCUUCCCCCUUUGUGGAGCCAGGGCCUUGCUGUUCCUGGGCAGAGGCGGGUGGUGCGGGGCUGGCAGGUGAGGGCUCCCUGCCCGUGGCGGGGAUGCUGGCUUAGGAGUGGGGCAGGGGGCUUUGCCCUCCUGACAGUGCUAGUUCUGACAGAGGGGGGAGGGCGCUGGCUGGCUCCGGGCAGGCGGAGGGGAGCCAGAUCUAGGUCCUCUCCUCUGCCCGUCCUUGACCUCCCCUCCCCUCCCACAUCCUGAACUCCCGUCAGCUGUUCCCCCCCCCCCCGCUGUGGGGGAGGGGUGGUCUCUGGGUUCGGGUGGGUCUUUUGUGAGUCCCUGGCUUUGCCUUGCCUCUCUGAUUUGGGGGGCUGGUAUUUUGGGGGGGGGGCUUCUGUUUUCCCCCCCUCCAUGGAGAAGUGGGGCUGUAUAUUCUCUGCUAGUGGGGGGAUGCCCCCUUGUUUUUUAAAGGCUGGGAAGUGUGUGGGGGUGUCUCCCAUAUUCUCAGUCCCAUGCGGGUCCCCCGUGCAUGGAAGGGCCAGGCAUGGGGGACUUGGAGGGGCUCUGUGCCCCCCCUUCUGCCCUGUGCUGCACGGGGGCUGUCUGUGUCACCUGCUGUCUAUGUUGAGAAUAAACCUCUCUAGACGUG